AUGCCAUUAUUUGUUGCUAAAUAUCCUAUUGGAAUAAGUUCUCGAGUUGAGGCCAUAAAAAUACUUUUAGAUAUUGAAUCAAAUGAUGUUCACAUGGUAGGAAUCUAUGGCCUUGGUGGAGUUGGUAAAACGACAAUUGCAAAAACUAUUUAUAAUAGGUUUUUUAAUCUUUUCUAUGGAAGCAUCUUUCUAGAGAAUAUUAGCGAGAAUUCAAAGACAAAUGGAGGUGUAAUCCAAUUGCAAGAGACACUUCUUUUUGAAAUCUUAGGGGAUAGGAAUUUGAAACUGAGUAGCAUAUUGAGAGGAAUCAACAUGAUAAAUGAAAGUCUUUGUUGCAAAAGGGUUCUUAUAAUUCUUGAUGGCGUGGAUGAAUUAGAUCAGAUAGAAAGUUUGCUUGGAAAAUGUGAUUGGUUUGCUUCGGGAAGUAGAAUUAUUAUGACAACAAGAGAUAAGCACUUGGUAGCUCCUCUUGGAAAUGGACUUUCAACCUAUGAGAGAAACAAACCCAAGGAAGAUUAUUUGGAACUUGCAAACCAAGUAAUACACUAUGCGAAAGGUCUUCCAUUAGCUCUAACAAUAAUGGGUGUUGAUUUUUAUGGAAGAACAAAAGCUGAAUGGAAAAGUGCAUUACAUAAUUUUGGAUGCCUUGAAUAUCUUCCCAAUGAAUUAAGGUUUCUUGAUUGGCCUGGAUAUCCAUUUUCUUCAUUGCCAUCCAACUUUUGUCCUAAAAAACUGGUUGUGCUGAACAUGUCUCGUAGCCGAUUGGAGAAUCAAUUCACACAGGCCCCAAACAUAAAAGAAUUGGAUCUUAAGUAUUGUACAAAUUUAGUUGAGGUUCAUGACUCUGUUGGGCAUCUUCAAAAGCUUGAAGUAUGGGAGCUUAGCAAUUGCACUAAACUUCAAAUUCUUCCAAGCUACCUCAUGAUGAAAUCUCUCGCAUCUUUAACACUUACAGGCUACUCAAGCCUCAAGAAGUUCCCUGAUAUUUCUCAAGAAAUGGAAUGUUUAGGCAAGUUAGCACUGCGCUCAACUGGUAUUUGUGAGUUGCCUUCAUCAUUUGGGAAUCUCACUGGGCUUAAGACUUUACUCCUCGGAAACCAUUCACUAUAUCUUUCAAGUAGCAUUUAUAAAUUGGAACAUAUUGAGAGGCUCUCUCUUUAUGGUGAUGUCAUAUUUCCAAAGGAACUAGAGAAUGAUAGGCGACCACCAUAUUUUAUAUUGACUUCUUGUUGUCCCCUCUCAUUGGAAAGUUUAUACAUCACUGAUAGCAAUAUUGUUACCCUCCCAAAAUUCUUUGGCAGAUUUGAGAGAUUACAUAUGCUUUUUAUUGAAAGGUGCAAUGAGCUUCUAGAAAUUCCAAGUCUUCCACAAAGUAUAAUAAAAGUCCUUACAUCAAACUGCCACUCGUUGGAUUCACAAUUACCAAGCAAAUUAUUCCUUCAGUUUGGAGAAAUUUUAGGGCUUCCACCAAAUAUAUCAUGUUUAGGUGUCAGAAGCAACAUAUCAAUGGAUCCACAGUUAUCUAGCAGAAUAUCCCAAGAAGUUAGUGAAUAUGUAAUUAUACUACCUGGACAUGAGAUUCCAAAUUGGUUCAACCAUCAAAGUGUUGGAAGGUCCAUAUCAUUCUAUAUGGGUCCAAAAUUUCCAACAUUUGGCCUAUGUGUUGUUUUUGGAAUGGAGGAUGAUUAUAGCGAUUAUUGUUAUCAUGUUGACAUUUCUGUCAAUGGUGGGCUCCACAUAUUCGGUGGGAUUGACUUCAGUGUGUUCGAGGAAAUUGGAUGGUCCAAUCGGGAAUAUGAGAACAUCUCGAUAAAAGAUUUGAAUGAAGAAAUAUGCCAAGAUUUAAUCAUGGCAUCAUUUAACCCAGUUGCUGCUAUUCUUAAUCAAAACAAAUUGACUAGAUCCAACUAUGUUGACUGGAAAAGAAAUUUGGACAUUGUUCUUACUACUGAAGAGCACAAAUUUGUACUUAGUCAACCUUGUCCUAGCUUUCCAUCAUUAGAUGCUCCUCCUGAGGAAAAACAAUGA